CAUUUCUGAGUGGUAAAUAUUAGAAAAAAAAAGCGAAAAAAAAACAUUUCGAAAGCGAGUUCACGGACCGUAAUAUAUUAUGUUAUUUUGCUGCUGAGAGCUAAAAUUUAGAUAAUUACAAGCAAUUUUGAUCAUUUCAAAUGCCUAUAUUACAUCUGCAAAUGAAAACACCUUUAUAGUUCGAAGUAAAAAACAGCUGAGGAUGGCGGACCUGGAGGGUCUGAAGAAGGUGCUGCGGUCGCUGGUGGUGUCGUCGGCGACGACGAUGGACGCGGCGUCGCUGCUGCGCGACUACCGGCGCAUGCUGGGCGAGCCGCUGCCGGCCGCCAAGCACGGCUUCCGCGACCCCGUGCAGUUCCUGAGGGAACGCUGCGAGGACUGCUUCUUGUUUUCCGGGCCACAGAACAAUCCCAUACUGACCCUCAUUGUGACGGACUCCAUAAAACACAUUGACCAGUUCGUUCAGAGCCAGAAGGCCUCCAAAUUGGCAAGGGGGAAACGGAGAAGUGUGCCAGAGUCCAUAAUUAAAAAGACGCAGCCUAAUUUAAUAGCAUCCACAUACAAGCCAGAAACAGGCAGGAUACCAAAUGGCAGACCAGCACCGCCACCCAACAGAGGAUAUAUAGAAAGAGGGCCACCAGCAGAACCUCGGAAACCGGAACCACGGUACACUGAGGCUUGGAAACUGGAACCAAUACCUCGGAAACUAGAACCAAUACAAUAUACUGAGACUAGGAAAGCGGAGCCGAGUCCGCAACUAGUCACCAAGCCUGAAGGAAUGACUGCAAGACCAGUUGUCAAGAAGGUUGAGUCGGAGUGUUCGGACACACCUUCAGCUAUUGUGGAAACACUAAGUAACGGGCACAGCGAGCAUCCCAGCGAAGAAUCCCACCAGCGGCUGCAGCGGUUCCUCAAGAAGCGGAUGCCGGUGUACCAGUCACAGAAGUUGGGCAGCCAGGAGUCGCUCCGGGACGACGACUCGGGCCGACAGACCUCCUCCAGCCUGAGCGAACGGUCUGCGACGGCGUGGGCGAACCUGCAGUCCGAGAUCGUGCGACUGGUGUCGCGGCGGCCCGAGGGUGUGUGGUGCACCGAGCUGGUCCGGCUAUAUGAGGAGGAAUACGGUCGCGAGCUGAACUUCUCCCGCUUCCACUACCCGUCGGUGUCGGCGUGCGCCUGCGCCGUGGAGGGGCUGAGCGCCACGCGCGCGCCCGACGGGAACUGGCUGCUCACGGUGCCGGGCGGACAGGAACCGCGACGUAGCGAGCCGGCGUUGCGGCUGCGUCGCGUGCCGCGAGACUCUUCGCUCAGCGCGAGCAAGCACGCCAGUCGCACGCUGCUCGACGCCGACGAAGCUCUGCCCUUCAUAGACUAUGAUCCAGACGUGUUUCCCUCCGACUGCCUGAGUUUCCUGGAGAGCAUCCCUGCAGGCAGCCUGGCCGGAGUGAACCCUGGAGACAUGCUACCAGUCCGGGUGGCCGAGGUGUACUCCCCGAGCCACCUGUGGCUGCAGCGCAUGGGGCCCGAGCUGGAGCUCAUGGAGGAGUUCAUGGGCGAGAUGACGGAGUACUACUCCAAAGGCGAGGGCGCGGAGCGCGUGCUGGCGGCCGGCGCGCGGCGCCCGGGCCAGUACUGCAGCUCCGUGUUCGAGGACGACUGGCACCGCUCGCUCAUCGUGCAGAUAGUGGACACCACCACUGUCAAGUGCCGCGAGUGUGCAGCCAGUAGUGUACAGCGCCCGGGCCAGUACUGCAGCUCCGUGUUCGAGGACGACUGGCACCGCUCGCUCAUCGUGCAGAUAGUGGACACCACCACUGUCAAGUGCCGCGAGUGUGCAGCCAGUAGUGUACAGCGCCCGGGCCAGUACUGCAGCUCCGUGUUCGAGGACGACUGGCACCGCUCGCUCAUCGUGCAGAUAGUGGACACCACCACUGUCAAGUGCCGCGAGUGUGCAGCCAGUAGUGUACAGCGCCCGGGCCAGUACUGCAGCUCCGUGUUCGAGGACGACUGGCACCGCUCGCUCAUCGUGCAGAUAGUGGACACCACCACUGUCAAGUGCCGCGAGUGUGCAGCCAGUAGUGUACAGCGCCCGGGCCAGUACUGCAGCUCCGUGUUCGAGGACGACUGGCACCGCUCGCUCAUCGUGCAGAUAGUGGACACCACCACUGUCAAGUGCCGCGAGUGUGCAGCCAGUAGUGUACAGCGCCCGGGCCAGUACUGCAGCUCCGUGUUCGAGGACGACUGGCACCGCUCGCUCAUCGUGCAGAUAGUGGACACCACCACUGUCAAGUGCCGCGAGUGUGCAGCCAGUAGUGUACAGCGCCCGGGCCAGUACUGCAGCUCCGUGUUCGAGGACGACUGGCACCGCUCGCUCAUCGUGCAGAUAGUGGACACCACCACUGUCAAGUGCCGCGAGUGUGCAGCCAGUAGUGUACAGCGCCCGGGCCAGUACUGCAGCUCCGUGUUCGAGGACGACUGGCACCGCUCGCUCAUCGUGCAGAUAGUGGACACCACCACUGUCAAGUGCCGCGAGUGUGCAGCCAGUAGUGUACAGCGCCCGGGCCAGUACUGCAGCUCCGUGUUCGAGGACGACUGGCACCGCUCGCUCAUCGUGCAGAUAGUGGACACCACCACUGUCAAGGUGCGGCACGUGGACUACGGCACGGUGGACACGGUGGCGGCGUCAUCGCUGCGGCCGCUGAAGCGCGAGUGGGCCUCGCUGCCCGCGCAGGCGAUCAGGGCCCGGCUCGCGGGGCUCCGGCCCGCCGCCCACAGCCGGCGCUGGCCCCGCGCCGCCGCCGCGCACUGCCUGCAGCUCGUGCGCGAGCGUCCACUCGUCGGCAACGUCGUCGGCGUCGACCACGAGGUACUGUCUACAGGCUCCCCCGCCGCCCCCGCGCACUGCCUGCAGCUCGUGCGCGAGCGUCCACUCGUCGGCAACGUCGUCGGCGUCGACCACGAGGUACUGUCUACAGGCUCCCCCGCCGCCCCCGCGCACUGCCUGCAGCUCGUGCGCGAGCGUCCACUCGUCGGCAACGUCGUCGGCGUCGACCACGAGGUACUGUCUACAGGCUCCCCGCCGCCCCCGCGCACUGCCUGCAGCUCGUGCGCGAGCGUCCACUCGUCGGCAACGUCGUCGGCGUCGACCACGAGGCUCCCCGCCGCCCCCGCGCACUGCCUGCAGCUCGUGCGCGAGCGUCCACUCGUCGGCAACGUCGUCGGCGUCGACCACGAGGUACUGUCUACAGGCUCCCCCGCCGCCCCCGCGCACUGCCUGCAGCUCGUGCGCGAGCGUCCACUCGUCGGCAACGUCGUCGGCGUCGACCACGAGGUACUGUCUACAGGCUCCCCCGCCGCCCCCGCGCACUGCCUGCAGCUCGUGCGCGAGCGUCCACUCGUCGGCAACGUCGUCGGCGUCGACCACGAGGAGAACAUCCUGGAAGUGUUCCUGAUCGACACGUCGACGAGCGAGGACAUCAACAUCACGGAGCUGAUGAUCCGCGCGGGGCACGCCGACGCGCGCCCGCUGCCCGCGCUCGGGGCGCGCGACGGCUACCUGCUGCCCACCUUCCCCGCGCUGGAGCUCGGCCUCACGCCCAACUACUCGGAGAUCCACGCGCUGCUGCGCGACGGCAUCGCGCUCGAAUUCGUCGACUCGUACCGCGACCACGUGGCCGCGCUGCUGCCCUCCUCCAGCGACAGCGGCAGCGAGCCGCCCGAGCGCGCCGCGGCCGACGGCGGCGACUCCGAGCUCGAGCACAGCCCGGCCCCCUCCCCGCCACCACCGCUCGCCUCCAACCGCGUGCCCAUGGCGCUCUCGCUGCUGCGCCUCGCGCCCGGUCCGCCCAGCCCCGAGCCCGACUCCGAGCCCGAGCCCGAGGCCUCGCCGCGGGAGCAGUCGCCCGAGCUCGACUCCCCCGCGCCGGACGUGCGCGAGCGCUGCCCCACCCCGCUGUCCCCCGCCCCCUCGCCGCCUCCGCCCCCGGUGUCGGAGCCCGCCCCCGCCCCCGCCCCCGCGCCCUGCUGCGGCAGCUCGUGCUGCGGGGCGCCGGCGCGCACGCCGCACCCGGCGGCGCUGUACGCGCUGCCGCACUGCCCGUGCCGCCAGCAGGCCUGCAAGCCUGCUCCCGCGCCCGCGCCGGUGCGCCCCUACGCGCCGUCCUACUACCGCCCGAGGGUGGCCCCGCAGCAGUACUACUCGCAGUUCCGCCCGCCGAUCCCCGUCAACUACUACGCCGGUCAGCCGAUCUUCCACCCGACCCCCCAAAACUUUCCGGUCCCGCCGCACCCUCAAAACUUUGUACCGAAUUCGCCCCUCAACCCUCAACUCUUCGUUCCGACCUCGGCGCAGAGUCCGUUCGUUCCGAACUCGAUGCACAACUUUAGGCCGUACCCGGGGCCGGUCCCCCCUCAAAAUUUUGGACCCGGCCCGGUGCUUCAUUCGGCAAAUUUCGGACCCGGACCGAUUCCGUCGAACGUGGGACCCGGACCGAUUCCGUCGAACGUGGGACCUGGACCGAUUCCGUCGAACGUGGGACCCGGACCGAUUCCGUCGAACGUGGGACCCGGACCGAUUCCGUCGAACGUGGGACCCAGACCGAUUCCGUCGAACGUGGGACACGGACCGAUUCCGUCGAACGUGGGACCCAGACCGAUUCCGUCGAACGUGGGACCUGGACCGAAUCCGUCGAACGUCGGACCGGCACCUGAACAGCUACCGCCGGCCACGAGUAUAUUAAAUCUACAUUCCGCGAGCCCCGCGCUGAACGGUCCGGCUCCGCUCUGGGCGUCGACGUCCUCUCUCUCGGGCGGGGCCGGGUGCUCGGUGCAGCUGAGCGCGGAGGAGUGCGAGAUAUUCGAGUUGGUGUCGCGGGUGGACCCGGGCGCGGCGCACCGCUACAUGAUCUCUGCGCUGCGGCGCGCGCGCGACGAGCGGCCGGCCCCCGGAGCCCCCGGAGCCCCCGGAGCCCCCGGCGCCCCCGGAGCCCCCGGCCCCGGCGCCGGCCUCAACCCGCACGCGGCCGAGUUCCUCGCGCGCCCGCCGCCGCCGCCGCCGCCCGGCUUCGAGAACUUUACCAAAUAACGACUCAACACUGCACACAUGAGGCCCACCUAUUAUGAGUUGAGUGCUAGUACUGUAACCCCCCCUACCUCAUCCGUUGCGAAGUAUACGGGCUGUUGCCGCGGAACUAAAUCAGGAACACGCGCGAAGUUACCUUUUUGAUGAUGAAAAAAACGUGCCUUAUAUGCUACGAUAUCAUGUUUGCAUUAAAAUUGAACUAUAAAAGCUCAACUGAGUGUGUACCUGACGGUCUCAGCGAAUCGAAGACGCAUCGUAUCGUAGAUACCCGCUCUCCGCUCCGCCCUACUACCUCGUAUAUACCGAAUGAUUACCGUAAAAAUUGUACACUCACAUCUCUAUCUUUAUAAGGAGUCUGGCAAAAAAACAGUAAACAUUUCAAAAGUGGCAACAGUGCAGAGUGCCGUCCCGUUUUAUUUUAUCACGUACCUACUGAUUUCAAGGGGACGACACUACAGUAUUGCCACAUUUUAAUUUGUACUGUUUUUGCCAAGCUGUAGCUCGAACGAUAACAAUAUUUUGGUAUGUGACGCGAGUGGCUCGCCGACAGCCAAGCAGCCCGUGGUCUUCGCGAGCCAACAAACACUUCGACUGACUAACAUUAUUAUUGUAUUAAUUAUAUUUUAUCCGUGACGCGAAAGUGUCGGGACAGAUAAUAUUUUGUGAUUGUAUUUUUUCUGAUUCAAAGUCAUUAAAUGACGCCCUAGUGUAAGCAACUCGAUUUGAAAUUAUUCGGAUUAAUCUCUUUUGAUUUAUAUUUUCUUCCAUUUUGACUUAAGUGUUCAGUUGAUUUUACAUACUUGUCCGCAAGUAUCAUAAUUUUUAAUGUUGAUAUUGAUAGUUUAGUAUUAAGUAUAAAUCUAGUUGAUUGUUAAUGUUUGCCGCAUUUGACUACUGUUACAAAUAAUCUAUCUUGUUAAGUGAAUUGACGUAGAAUUUAUCAGUAAGUAAUCCGCAUCUGAAUGUUGUUGGUUACAAAUAUAGUUGUAAGUUAGUAAGGCAAUAUUGCGAUGGCAAGCCGUUCUGUUAGAGUAUACGUUGAUUGGAUCUGUGAUAGUAGGUCUGGGCGCGGUGCCAUAAUCGCCUGGACCAACUGGACUAUUAUAAGUUUCUCAAUAAAAUAAACCCGUCAAAAUGA